UAUAACUAUAUAUAUAUAAAUAUAUAUUAAUUAAUAAUAAUAAUAAUUUCACAGGAAAGCAAACUGAAACUCAACACAAUCCUAAGAAUUGGUGUGAUUGAGUUUGUGUUCCUGUUCCUUCAAAUCUAAAGCCUCUGACUUUGUUUCUUUCAUUCUUUCUUUGAUUGUUUCUCGGUUUGGGUUUUGUUUUGUUUUGUUUUCUUUGUCUUUAUGAAACUCCCAACAACGUUUGCAGACCCUGAAUCCUUGUCUUACCUUUACACCUUGCUCCAAUCUUCCUUUGAUCAAAUGACCAACAGCAACAACAAUAACAACGCCAUAAGCAACAACGCCACUUCCGCAACGGCCAGAAAGCGCCGCAGAAAAAACCACGAUGGUGACGAUGACGAUGAUGGUGAUGGUGGCGAUGACGGCUCAUCCAACAACAACAACCUAGGAGAGAGUAACAGCAGGAGGAGCAAGAAGAAGAAGGAGGAGCUGAAGGGUCUGCUCACCUCGAUACUGUUGUUGGAUGAGCAAGAGAAGCUUGAGCAACAACAGAACAACAGGGUCUCCGAGGAGGAGAAGUUUUCGUUGGAAACAAAUCACAAGAAGAAAACCAAGGCCAUGCUUCAGUAUUACUCUAAUUUGGAUGAGUAUUACAGCCAGGUGGAGGAAUCGGAGAGGGUGAAGAGGAAGAAGUCACGCGGAAUGGCACGGGCGGUGGCGGUGGCUGCGUGUGAGAAGGAGGGUUUUGAAGGUGGUGGGAGUGUUGAGGGGGCGAAAUCUGGUGUGGGGGGUUCUCAGAGAAGGUUGUGGGUGAAGGAUCGUUCGGGGGCGUGGUGGGAUGAAUGUAACAAAGAGGAUUUUCCUGAGGAAGAGUUUAGGAAGGCUUUUAGGAUGGGAAGGGAAACUUUUGAUAUGAUAUGUGAGGAGUUGAAUUCUGCAAUUGUGAAGGAGGACACCACUUUGAGGAAUGCUAUUCCUGUGAGGCAAAGGGUGGCUGUGUGUUUGUGGAGAUUGGCCACUGGGGAUCCUCUUAGGAUUGUGUCUAAGAGGUUUGGAUUGGGCAUAUCAACUUGCCAUAAGUUGGUGCUUGAGGUUUGCACUGCAAUUAAGACUGUGCUUAUGCACAAGUAUUUGAAUUGGCCCGAUGACGGUGCAUUGAUGAGGGUGAAGACUGAAUUUGAGUCUGUUUCUGGGAUUCCUAAUGUGGUGGGGUCUAUGUAUACUUCUCAUGUGCCUAUCAUAGCUCCUAAGAUUAGUGUGGCUGCUUAUUUCAACAAGAGGCAUACUGAGAGGAAUCAGAAGACUUCUUAUAGUAUUACCGUUCAGGGGGUGGUAGAUCACAGAGGGGUGUUCACUGAUGUGUGCAUUGGUUGGCCUGGUUCAAUGCCUGAUGAUCAGGUGUUGGAAAAAAGUGCCCUUUUUCAAAGGGCUAAUGGUGGGCUUUUGAAGGGUGUUUGGAUUGUGGGGAGUUCGGGGUACCCUUUGAUGGAUUGGGUCUUGGUGCCUUAUAGUCAGCAGAAUCUGACUUGGACUCAGCAUGCUUUCAAUGAGAAGAUUGGGGAGGUUCAGAAGGUGGCUAGGGAUGCUUUUGCCAGGUUGAAAGGGAGGUGGAGUUGUUUGCAGAAGAGGACUGAGGUGAAGCUGCAGGACUUGCCGGUUGUGCUUGGGGCUUGCUGUGUUCUGCAUAAUAUAUGUGAGUUGAAGGGGGAAAAGAUGGACCCUGAGUUGAAGAUUGAUUUGAUGGAUGAUGAGAUGGUGCCUGAAGUUUCCUUGAGGUCAAUGAGUUCCAUGAAGGCUAGGGAUGCAAUUGCUCAUAAUCUUCUGCAUCAUGGUUUGGCUGGCACUUCUUUUCUUUAACUCAAAGUUUGCAGAAACACUCACUCUAUUGACAGAGGAAUGAAUGACGCAACCUUCCUAUGGAAGACAUAUUAUAAAUAAACAUCUAAACUCCUGAGAGGAGCUUCUAUCAAUCUAGUACAUCGUAUAUCUUGUCUUUUAGCCUCAAAAAUGCAUUGCUGAUGGAGUAGUUUUCGUAUGUGAUUAAAGUCAACUGUGAUCAAUUUUUGACUGGGAUGGUGUAGACAUAAUUGACAUUGAUAUGUAAGAAAAUGGUAUAAUAAGAGAUGGUAGUUUUACGUAGUGUUUGAUGCUGAUGCUUACUGACAGAACUUCUGCAUAAUUCAAUUUCAAAACAUGAUUAAGAAUAUAUCUAUAUCAUGAGUCAUUUUAACACUUCUUACAUUAGGGAGAGAGAAAAUAAAAGGAAAAAAUGUCUUGUAAGAAAAUGUCAUGAAAAGUGUGUGUGAAUAGCAUUAUUCUUAUUGCAUAGUUCUACACAUUCUUGGUCUUGGGAACAGUUUAGUUUAAAUUGUUGACCAGCAAGAUUUAACUAUCUAUCAUAGUUCUUUUUCAACUCGGCACAGUUGGAAAGACUUUUAUGGCAAUUUUUUUU